AUGGACAACGACCCAACAUCGCCGCCGCAGAGGCACAACCCGCCGCACAUUCGGAUAAACUCUGGCAGCCAUGACCUCUUACCCAUGGCGAAUGCCUCAGGCGACGCACAAACACGGCCGAUAGUGUCGCGGCAGCAGUCCUCGCGAUCCUUGACACAACCCUGCCGACCGGGCGGCGCCGCCCCCUCAUUGCGCGCUGCUUCAAGCAGCAACUCAGUAUACUCGGCGGCGACGCCUGCAGAGUCGUCCGAGCUGUUACUCCCGCCGUCAAAGAGCAACACGAGGAGGUUUCGAGAUGAAGACAGUCCCAUGCGAUCGCCCUCGCAAAGUGGCUUCAACAGCAGGAGAACGUCUUGGUCGUCGGAGAGUGCGGGUAGCAGAGAUAGCCGUUACGGUGGGCCGUUCGUGUCGCCCUUCGAUGACUCGAGAGCACCGUCGCGAGCAGGCAGCGAUGACGACAAUGUCAAUACACAAACUGUCAGCGAAAAGUACAACAUAUUACCUUCGGCAGGCCUGCUUUUGUUCCCAGAAGAUGUGGAGAAGGAUGACUACUUGCACAAUCCCGAUCCGAACGACAAGGAUGGCAAGCUGAGUUGUGCCGAUUUGUUCAGCAGACGUGGCAUUGUGAACGUGGGAGGUCUGGCAUUGAUUACCAUUGGAAUAUUGAUUCUGUUCAUCGGAUACCCCAUAUUAACAUUCGUUCAAGCGGCGAUAAAUCCUGGAGGAGACUCUUGCACUUCCAAUCCUGACUGCAUUGCUGGUGAUCGAGAUCUGCUCAAGAAUCUGCGGAAAGGGCUCAUUGACCCAGACACACCCGAAAGUGCGAAGACGAGAACUGGAGACAACGGCAAGAAGCAGGUCCUUGCUUUCAGCGACGAGUUCAACGAGGAUGGGCGCACGUUCUACGAUGGUGACGAUCCGUACUUCCAAGGCAUGGACUACUGGUACGGUGUUACUCAAGAUCUCGAAUGGUACGACCCGGAUGCGCUUAUUACCAAAGAUGGAGUGCUCAACUUCCGCUUCGAUGCCUUCCAGAAUCACAAUCUGAACUACCGGUCUGGCAUGCUGCAAUCCUGGAACAAAUUGUGUUUCAAGGGUGGAUAUCUCGAAGCGUCCAUGUCUCUGCCUGGACGUGGUGACACCAUCGGUUUUUGGCCUGGUUUCUGGGCGAUGGGAAACUUGGGAAGGCCAGGAUAUGCAGCGACAACAGAUGGCAUGUGGCCAUACAGCUACCACGACACCUGCGAUCCUGGCAUCACACCCAAUCAGUCAGAUCCAGAUGGUCUGAACUGGCUUCCUGGAAUGCGUUUGCCCGCGUGUACAUGCACAGGAGGAGACCAUCCUUCGCCUGGUAACAGCAGAAGUGCACCGGAGAUCGAUGCUAUCGAGGCUUCGGUGGUCUAUCUCGACCCUCCAAUGGGCGCAGCUGUGGGAGAUGCCUCACAAUCAUUCCAAGUGGCACCGUUCGAUCUGUUCUCCCAGCCCAACGCCGAGUGGUCCGAGAUCUAUGACUAUCAGAUCACCUCUGCCAACUCAUACCAGGGAGGCGUGUACCAGCAAGCUGUUUCCGCGCUGACAACACUGAGCAACGAUUGGUAUGAUGGCAAAGGUUAUCAGAUCUACGCCUUUGAGUACGAACCAGGAGCUGAUGGCUACGUCACAUGGUAUGUUGGCGACCAGAAAACCUGGAAAGUCACUGGCAAUUCCGUCGGACCAAAUGGCAACAUUGGGCAACGAGUGAUACCUGAGGAGCCCAUGACUAUUAUUGCCAACUUCGGUAUGAGCAGCAGUUUCGCGCAAGUCAACUUCACCGGACUUGCUAGUCUCAUGCCAGCGACCAUGCGAAUCGACUAUAUCCGGAUCUACCAGGACGAAGACGGCGAGAUGACUUGCGAUCCUCAAGGGUACCCGACCACUGAUUACAUUGCGAAACAUCCGGAACCGUAUGCAAAUGUCAAUUUGACACAUUGGCACCAAGCCGACUACGACUUUCCAAAGAACUCGUUCAUGCACGGGUGCAAAGCCGAGAACUACGACGGCGGCAGCACGAAGAAGUUCAAGAAGACCAAGAGAUCGACGAACACGAAGCGAUCCUGGAUUCCCUGGAGAUAA